AAGAGCAUCCCCGAGUGCGGCCCCACGGGCUUCGUGGAGAAGAUCAGCUGCGCCGCCUCCAAGCGGGACGAAUACAAGAGCUGCCGCUCGGCCGUGAUGGAGGCGCGGAUCUUCUGGCGCUUCGUGGGCUCCAUGAUGUGCGUGGCCGCCGCCUGCGCCGUGCUGGUGGUGUGGAGGCAACGGGCGCUGGACCGCAGGGCGCUGGAGAAAGUGCGCAAACAGAUCGAGUCCAUCUGAGCGCGGGGACCGCACCGUCGGGACAGCACGGGGACCGCACCGCCGGGACAGCACGGGGACCGCACCACCGGGACAGCGCUGCCCAGCAGCCCCCGCACGUGGCACGAGACCAGGAGCCAGCACCCAUGGGACCCGCACCCGGCUGCCACCCGCGGAGGCGAUGUCCCACCCGGAGCCGUCACCCCACGGACACGGCGUGGAUCCAUGGGACUCUGCCCCGGUCUCACCCCACGGACACGGCGUGGAUCCAUGGGAUGCUGCCCCGCUCUCACCCCACGGACGCGGUGUCCCCCCCCCAUGGAGCUGUCACCCCACGGACGCGCGCUGUCCCCUGGGGGCUGUGGGUGCUGCUCUGCGCUGGGGGCAGCGCGGUUCCCCCGGGCCGGGGCCGUGCAAUAAAUGCUGGUGUUGUC